AUGCCCGUCAGUGGCGUGUAUCGCCUCGAGGUAGCCAAGACUGGCGCUGCCGUUUGCCAGGAGGUGUCGUGCAAGGCUGCCCAGAUCAAGAUCGAUAAGGGAUGCCCUCGUAUCGGUGUCCUCGUCCAGUUGCCAAACAUCCACUCGAAGACGGGCGAUCAUGCCGAGAUUCAAAGCUUCAAAUGGCGCCACUGGUUUUGCCUCACUAAGCGCACCAUCAACAACAUGAAGGCCGGAUUCAGCGAUGAGAUUGAAGACUUUGACGGCUGGGACGAGCUACACCCCGAUGAUCAAGAGCCGAUCAAGCGCGUCUUCGACCGAGGCUUCGUCCACGAUUCCGAGGUCCCUGAAGACAUCAAGCAACGUCGCGAGGCGGGCAAGCCACCCGCCAAGGCCGACCCUGAACAUGCUGAGUGGCAGAAUCAGCAGAAAGAGAGGGCCAAAGCCAUCACGGCCGCGCUCAAAGAGCAGCAAAAGGCCCGCGACGCUGCGGCCAAGGCCAAUGGAGGGGUGCCCACCGCCGUCAACAAGCCUCCUCCCGAGCCCGAGAUGUCUCCUGAGCCCGAGUCUAAGGUCAAGGGCAAAGGAAAGGACAAGGGGCCCAAAGCCAAGACUGAAGCAAAGGCUAAAAAGGCUUCUGCUGCCAAGGGAGGACGGGGAAAGAAGCGCAAGGCCGACAGUGACGAGGAAGAGGAUGCCCCCGCGCAGGAUGAUAGCGCCGGCCCCAGCGGCGGUGCCGGCCUGCGCCUACCUGGCGACGACGACGAGGAAGAAGACAUCAAGCCCAAGAUCAAGAAGCCUCGUGGACGACCUCCCAAGAAGGCUGCCGCUGCUGCCGACGAUGCUGAAGAGGACGUCAAGCCUAAGGUCAAGAAGCCUCGCGGUAGGCCCCCAAAGAACGCUGCCACUGCUGCGGCCGGGAGCAGCAAUGGUGCCGCUGCUAGCAAGAAGCGUGGGAGGAAGGCAAAGCAGGAGCCUGAGAGCGAUUAG